GGCAACAAAGGAAAACAAAUAUGGCUGCGCCCACAUCUUGCAAGUUGAAGCAGUCGAAAAUGAGUCGAAACGUCGAAACCACGGUGAUCUAAACCGUCAAAGCGGGAAUUGUUAAUGGAGUUAUCGGAACAGUGUUGAAGCUCCCAGAACUGCCAGAAAAAUGAAACUUCUGUCGCCUAGCACGUAUAAUUCACGACAUGCAUGGAGCAUUAAAAAAAUUUUCUGUUAAGACAUGGCUGUCCGGUUUCAAGAUGUGCAUGAACGGCUACUGAUGGGAUGCGCUUGCGAAAUAAAGCAAGAGCUGAAUUCAUUGGUCAACCAUGAAUUUGUCGACUUACUAGGAGGCAAGCUGCUGCAGGAAGAGACUCUACUUGGGUUGACUGUCUUGUAUGCGAUGUCAGAAGCCUUACGGAAGUCAUCGCAAAUGAAGGCGAUAUGCCCGAGCAUUCAGGAUGCAUUGGCCACUCUUGUGCUAAAAGAAAUCGGGGGAAACUUGUUAAGUCUGCAGCUGCUGUCCCCAGACAAGUUUGUCGCCCACUGUUGCCUGCUCACGCUCGACUCCUUGGCGAGAUGCAGCAAGGAACUACAGGAAGCUUUCUUUGACGCACUUGACAAGCGCCUCGACACUCUGGGCACACUUCCAGUUAAUGAGAAAACACGAUUCUGCCAGCUGAUCACAUUCCUGUUGACUGCAGACAUCAGAAGCAGCCAUCCUGAAGAAGUAACCGAUACAAGCUGUCCCGCACCGGCAGUGCCUACCAUGCAAGCAGCCAGUCUAGAUGAUUUCUCCUUUGGCAUCUCGUCUGCUGCUGAGAAGUGCCUGCAUAACAUGUUGCCAUGUCUUCAGAAUGAAGCAUCACACAACACUUUGUACCCCACACUAUGCCUAUGGCUCAAACUAGUGCAGUGCCGCCCCAGUAUGGAGGUGUUAGGUGGCUUGUUACCUCAGCAUUUUGUGCAGUGGUCUGCGGGAGAGGAUCCGCUUGUGGCAAGAACCGUUCUGGAAAUACUGGACAGGAGUCUACAGCCUGCCAUUGAAGAAGCAAACUUUUCCAAAGUUCCACCGUGGGUGCCUCUUAUUGGACAGCAAGUGAUAGAGGCUGUGCAUAGAGGCUGGCUUGACCAGCUACACUGUCGAACUGGAUAUUGCGGUUUUGCAGGAACCAACAGGGAGCCUAGUUGCAAGUACCCAGAGCAAAACCUGGCCUUGUCUCAGGGAGACAACAGGGUGAUUCGACUGGCAAUGCUUGUCCUCAUGAAGUCUUCCACAGCAUGUCUUAUGCAAGGCGUGCAGGAAGGCCUACCAAAAGCCCUAGAAGCUGGUCUUACUUGGCUUCGGUCAAAAACAGGAGCAUUAGCCAGUGUGCCUGACGCAGACCUUCUUGUGCAGUUGUUCCUGGAGCAAGAUGAUCAGCUCAUGGAGUGCCUCCUCAGCGAACUGCUUUUACACUUACACAAGCCUUCUAUCUGGAUGGCAACCACAUUGAUCGCAGAUCCACACAGGAUGUUCCUGAAGUUCCUUGGCUCACUAGGAAACGACCAUGUCACCUUGAUUGACUUUUUGACAUCCCAGGAAACCUGUGCGUUGCUUUACUUCGUGCGCUACCUCAAGCUGUUGCUUUCCGACUGGGAUAAUUUUGUAAAGUGCCACGGUGAGCUGUCUUUUAGCAGUGAAGUUCACGACACAUCUGGCCAAGAGGCAUCUGCGCAGCUUGAUGUCACCAUGGCAACUCUCGUCAGGACACGGAUGAAGUUGGAGAAAAUGACACAGAAACAUAACCUUCUGCCCUUCAGUGUAGCUCCUCUGGUCAGGCUGAUUGAAAGGUGUGAAGACAUCUAUGAAGGUGUUUCAUAAAACAUUUGGGGAGAUCUCUGUUUCACUUCACGAUCACUGAAACCUGCAGUGGCAAAGAACCGACUUUGCUGGCUAAUGGCUGCCAAUUCAUUUUUGAACACUUGUGCAACUCUUACUUUCUGGGCCAUCUGAUUGGCAACCACACCUUCUCAUAGCUCAUAUUCACUUUGUCUCGCUGCUCCCCUUUGGCCAUCUUCCUCUAUUGUUACACAACUUCUCUCUCUAUCGUUAUAUUAUCGUUAUAUUAUACUAUUGCUCCAUUAUAUGUCAAACAACUUCUAUUUUACAGGCAUUAGACUUGCAAGCAUAAGCUGUGCCAUGUAAGUGUACUGCCUGCUGUUGCCUUCAAAAUAUAUUGUAACGACAUGGGAUCAACGAGGACGCAUAGCAGCACCACCAACAAAUACAUUAACAGUUGUCAAAGAAAACCAACAACUUCAUCUCCAUGCCUAACCCAAAAACCUGCACUACUUCAACCUCGUUCCCACUGGCACAUACCCGCAGCAAUAUAGUCGUGCCAAAUAUAGUUGUGCCAAUACGCACAUGCACCAUCAGAACUGUUGGCAUUUUGCACGCUACAAACCCUGCACCAACUACUGAGAGUAACUUGUGCGAUAGCUCAGCUUAGUACACCUGAUUGCCAGAUUUGUAUUGUAGCAGUGACAUAAGCUUGAUCCUGAGUGGCAACAGCAGGCUAACAUUUGUUUUAAAGCGAAGCUUUCUUUGCCUCUUCCUUCAGCUUUUCUACUGCUGCUGCUGCUGUUACCUUGCAUGCCCUGUCGGGGUGGGGGAGUUGAGAAUGCAUAUUAUGUACAUGGCCGGGGCGCGGGAGAGGAGUCCGAGACUUCAAUGAGAGCUCCCUAGGCAUCGCCACAAUGCCCUCUGGACGAGUGUAAUUAUGUGUGAACCCCCGCAAAAGCGUUGCAAAAGCUGCAGCAUUUAACUUCGUACUCACACACAACAGCCCAGAGGGGAGAUAGAAUGGUAGAGUAGAAAGAGGAGACAGAGAAUAUGCGAAGCCAACGGCAUGAUGAAACAAGUGAAUCACAGCCUUGCCACUCUUCACCCGUGGCAGCUUGCAUACAUACAGGAGGAUUGCAGGAGGAAGGAAAGACGCCGUCAGAAAGCACGUUUCGUCUGUGGUCUCUUUAAGAAAUGAAAUGCUACUACUAGACAUGGCAACAGUUGUGGACAAAUGGUAAAAAUUUUGAAUUGAAAGUACAGUAUGGCACGUUUCUGCUAUUUCUGAAAAAUAAAUGUUGUGCAACUUU